UACUUUAUUUUUUUAUAACAGUAAAAAUUUAAAUAAUUUUAUAUUUAAACAUACCUAAUAAUAAUUAACUAUCGAAUAAUUAUACAAUGUCUAUAGUUAAUUUUGAAAAAUCUCAACCAAAAAUAUCAGAACCUGAUUGGUAUUACAAAUUAACUGAAUUAAGAGGCGCUUGUGACAAAAUCAGGCGUAGUGCAUUUGCAUUAGAACAUGAAUCACGUAGAUUAAGAAAUGAGACAGGCCUAACUACUUAUUGGGGUACACACCGUAACAAUACUAAUAUCGCUAAUAGGCAAACUGAAAUAACACGAUGGAAAAUUAAAAUUGAAUUAUGUUUAAAACACUUGCAAAAAGAAAUUGAGCAGAUGAAAAUUGAAAAAAAAGAAUGUGAAAAAACUAUAGAAUUUCAAAAUUUGAACUUUGCUGUGACUAAUCAUUGCUCAAGUUUAAGAGAUGAAAGAGUUGGCGAAGAUUUAUGCUAUGAUAUUGCAUCCAUUGCACUAAAAAAUGAACAACUAGCUUUGGAAAAAUUGAAAACCUCGUUAUCUGAAAUUUGCCAAAAAGCUUGGGAACAGAUAAAUAAUUUAGAAGAAUUACAAAUGUACAUCAUCAGAGAUAUAGAAAAUAAAAAUAAUACAAUAAAAAUAGAUAGUGAGUUGUUGGAAAUGACAAAAGACUCGAAAAAUAUCUCGCUUAAGCCAAAUCCGCUUAGAAUUCCAAAAGAUAUCACCAACUACGAAAACUGGCUCCAACAGUGUGAAAAUAUAAUGGAAAGAAUUGAAAAUGAAUUGUUAGGUUCAGAAAAAUUGCGCGGCACUAUGUAUUUGUCACGACAUAGAACUAAAAGUGACAUGAUAGCUCUCAACGAAAAAGUUAAUUUUGGUCUCAGAAAACGGAUAUACAAUACAGAACGAUCCAAAUAUGAAUUAGAAUGGCAAAAAGAGAAUAUGUUAUUAGACAUGGCGACACUUGAAAAAGAAAUUAAUUCACUCGGAAACGCUUUGGAUGCAAAAUUAAGUUCAAAAAUGUUAAAUGAGACACGGUGUGAAGGAAUGCUGUAUAGAGAUGGAAUUGAAUUGUGUAAUGAUAAGCCUACUCUUGAAUUACAUAAAGAAAAUUAUCAACUCAACAAUUCCGUUAAAUCAAUGAGAGAAAAACUAGAUCAAACAAAAGCUAUACAUAAUAUUCUUAUAGAACACUUGAAAAUUAUAGAAGUACAAAUUGUGGAACAAGACUCACGCGUUAAAUGUCGACCAAAAAUGUCUACAGUAUAGAGCAGAGAUGGGCAACUUAAAGUAUCUAGCGGGCCACUUUUAACGUUCCAGUUACUACCUACGUGUUUGAUUUUAAGUAAGACGCAGUCACUGAACUAAAUACAUGGAGGUAUGGAACGCGUGUAUAUCAUUCAAAACAUGGCCUAGAUCACUGAACUAAAUACAUGGAACGCGCAUUAUGUAUAACAUCUUGUUUAAAAAUAUAUAAAAAAUUGUGAUUUAUUAUUUUAAUUAUUACAACUACCCCAAAAAAUAUCUUGUUGUAUUCGAUCACCACAUUCUGUGGCAAACACCACUUUUGGGAUACCAAAGGACGAGUGUUACUAUCUUUAAACAUGGUCGACGGUACAUGAAUAGUCGAUGAUAACAUAAAAAAAAAAAAAAUUAAAAACAUAAUCAUGAUCAAACAACUUUAUUGCAAAACGUUGGGUGCAAACCCACCUAUCACCGGGUGGUUGUUGUGGGGGGGGAGGGAGGUAUGCGCAUAUUGAUGUGCGUGUUCUGGUGUAAGUGCGUACUUGUGUGUAUGGUUGCGUGCGUGUGCUGCUUCGAAUGCCCAAAAUAAUCGAUAAACGCAUGCGCACAAGACGACGUCGACGAGAGCAGCGUUCGCAGCGUCCACUGCGAAAAGUUUGAAAAGGAUCACUCUGUCAAACGCAAUUGGCUCGACCGGGUGUGGCGCGUGACUUAUAGCACCGCCGUAGCCUCUCCGCCGCCAGCUUCUGUUUGACGUUGUUUUUCUUGUGCAGUCAUUAUUCUCUUUCAACCGUUAGAACCCAUCAGCGUCCUAUUUAUCCUCUACCGUUUCGUUGUCCACUUUUCGGACAAUAGUUGAUGAAUUCUCCGUUGGCGAACGAUAACUUGUAUGGUAUCUCGUACGCUAACCCGAAUGCUAAUCCUAAUACCGCUAAUAAACUCUAUGACGCAAACCAGGUUAUCAAUGUGUUAUGGAUAGUUGUUUUGAUGUCAUCAUCGAGUUAUUUAGCGAUAUUUGGAUUAGCGUUCGGGUCAGCAUAGGUACUUAAAGUUUGUUUAUAUACAUGAUUAUGACCUCAGCGAGGAUAACUUAUCUGCUUGUACCUACGACCAGCCUUUAAGAGUACAAGUUUCAAAAUCAUGACCAAAACUAUCCAAAACACAUUAAUAACCUGAUUUUCGUGGUCGAGUUUAAUGGUGAUAUUUAGACGAGCGUUCUGGUUAGUGUACGAGGAG